AUGGCCGCGGCGGGGUCCAUGCUGCAGAAGCUGCUCCAGCCCUUCGCGCGGCCCGCGCGGCCGACCCAGGUGAGCCUCGGCGAGUCCCGCGGCGCCGAGGGCAAGGAGCCGGAGCUCAGCGACGAGGAGCGGCGCUGCGAGAUCGUCGAGACCUUUUUGCGGCGCGACGCGCACGGCGGCUUCGGGCUCUUCUUCGCGAGCGGCGGCGGCGCGGCGGUCGUCCGCAAGGUCUCGGGCAUGUGGGACGCGCGCGUCAGCGACGGGCGGCGGCUGCUGGCGCCCGGCGACACGGUCGUGCGCGUGGGCGGCUUCCCCACGGCGACGGCCGGCGACGUGCGCCGCCAGAUGGCGUCCGCGGAGACCAUGGUCGCGCUCACCGCGCGGCGUACGUCGGCGCUGCGGCGCCGCGUCGGCGGCGCCGACUGCGUCGAGGCGGCGGAGCGGAAGCCGAGCGGGCCUACGGUGGCCAUGGAGGACUCCGCGGCCGUCGAGGAGGAGGCGCGGACCCUCAAGGUGCCCGUGGACCGCCUGUCGUGGCUCGCGGAGCCGGAGCGGCCGCGCGAGACCAAGGGGGGCGAGAGCGAGCUCCGCGCGGGCCUCCGGGGUCUCGCCGAAGGGCUCAUCGAGAAGCCCAAGGAGCCGAAGCCGUCCGACGACCUCGACGUCAUCGCGAGCGCGGCGGAGCGCACGCUCGCGCCGCCCCCCUCCAAAAUCUUCAAAGAGGGCCUCGAAUUCUCCGCCGUCGGCGCCUGCGUGGACAUCAACCGCCGGUUCGGGACGUCCCGACCAAACUUUGAAAUUCUCUCGCUCGGUCAAUUCGAAGUCGGCGCCGCGAUGGCGCGCGAGCUCGACCGCGUUGGGGAGACCGCCAAGACGUUCCAGCGGGGCCUGGAGGCCGACGAGAGCGACGACGGCGGCGAACAGCGGUCCUACGGCGCCGCCGCGCUCGAGCUCGCGGCCGCGGCGGGGUCCUUCGCGACGGCCGCGCGCGUCGUGCUCCGGCCCGAGUUCCGCGCGGACGUCGUCCGCGCCGCGGAGCCCGGCGGCCAGGCGGCGAAGCGGCCCAUCAACGUCGCCGCGCUCCUCGCGCCGGGGCUGCUCCUCGUGUCGCGGCACCUGCUGCCCUUCGCGGACGCGCUCCGCAAGUCGCCGCUCCACGCGCGGCGCCGCGACGGCGCGCGGUGCCUCGCGGACGUCGAGGCGCGCGCGAAGCACGCGUCGCACCUCGCGGAGCUGGCGCUGACGCUGACGGACGAGGACGCGCGCGAGCUCAGCGAGCAGGACCUGGAGCAGACGCUUCUGGGCGCCUUCGCGUCCUUGAGGGACGCGGCGUCGGGCUGGCGCGACGCGCGCGCGGCCGCGCGGCGGUGCCACGCGCUCGCGCGCGCCUGCGCGGCGGCGCUGCACCCGCCGGCGAAGAAGCGGCCCUCGCACGAGGCCGCGGCCGUCGACGUCACCGUCGACUUCUGCGACACGCCCUCCGGCGGCCGCGGCCUCGUCCGCGACGCGGAGCUCGCGGGGAACCACCUCACGGAGGCCAUCUUGGCCGCCAUCGACGCCGCGGCCGCGGCCUGCGGCGCCCUCGACGCCGCGUGCGGCGGCGACGAGCGCGCGGCGGCCGCGCUCGGCGACGCGCGCGAGGCGCGGUGGCGGCGCGCGGACGCGGACCGGCGCCGCGAGCUCCAGGACGUGCUCGUCGAGCGCGAGACGUCGCUCGCGAAGCAGGCGCUCGACAUGGCGCGCGUCACCGUGCCCCACGCGGGCGACCUCACGGCGCUGGCCGCGAGCGCGGAGCGCCGGCUCCUCGCGACGCUCGCCGCGGAGCCCGGCGCCGCGGCGCCCGCGCGGCCCGGGGACGACGGCGCCGCCGCGCCGCCGCGGGCGCGCGACGCGGCGCCGCCGCCGCCGGAGGGCCCGUCGGCCUCCGACGAGGCCGCGCUCCUGCAGAAGCUCGACAUGGCCAAGCCGCCGCCGGAGGGCGCGUCGGCCUCGGACGAGGCCGCGCUCCUGCAGAAGCUCGACAUGGCCAGGCCGCCGUCGUCGCCGCCGCCGGACGCGGCGGUGUCCCCGCCGCCGCCGCCGCCCGACGGCGCCGCGCCGCCGCCCGACGGCGCCGCGGCGCCGCCGCGGCCCGAGGACGAGGGCGGCUUCGGCGACUACUUCGACCUCGCGACGGAGUCGCUCCGCGCGAAGAGUGCGCUCCUCCGCAAGCAGAUCGCGGACCGGGAGCGCAUCAUCGACGCCCUCGACGCGGCGUCGGCGGAGUUGGAACUUUGCCGGGGCGACGCGGCGACGCGCGAGGCCGAGGCGCGCCGCGUCCGCGACGUCGCGCGGCGCCGCGUCGCGGAGCGCCUCGCGCACCUGGGGCGCGCGCGGAGCGCGCUGGCGCGGGGCGCCAUGAUCUCGGGCACGGCCGUCGCGCCCCUCGCGGGCCGGGUCGCGGCCGUCGUCGACCGGCUCGUCGAGGCCGCGCGGCGCGUCGCGCGGCUCGACGCGGGCGUCCGCGCGGCGCACGCGACGCUCGCGGCCGUGACCGUCGAGUGGCAGCUCGCCAAGCACGACAAGCCCCACCUCAAGCACCUGCCCCUCAGCGAGCGCGCGUCGAACGUCGUCCGCGCGUGCGCGCGGUCGCGCCGCGAGCUCCGCGUCAUCUCGCGCGAGGCGCGCGCCGCCGGCGAGCCCGACGACACCGUCGACGCGGCCCUCGCGCGCUUCGACGCGCUCCCGCGGCCCAACGACGCCGUCUGGCAGCACGAGACGGUCCCCGACGCGGACGCGGCCGCGUACCUCGCCUACGACGCGGGCGACGACGACGACGACGACGACGGCGGCGGGGAGGCGGCGCGACGGGAUCCCUAG